AUGCAUGUUCAAAUUCCAUCACCACCUUUGCCACCUGUUGACUUACACAACGACACCUUUAACUUAUUUCCGACUCAUAACAUGUUGCCAAGACGUUUCAAACCAAUAGAAACCUGUGACAAUUGUAAGCAACGUAAAGUAAAAUGUGACAAAGAAAGACCAGCUUGUGGGACUUGUAGUAAAACUCAACGAGAUUGUACUUAUACCUUUUCAGCAUCAUCAAAGCGGCCUUGCCCAAAAAAUAGGCUUGAAAUUUUACAAGAUCAAAUUGAUGAUAUUCAGUCUAUACAAUACCAACAAUUAAAUCAAAUGAAUGAUUUAUUAGAAAUGGCUAAUUGGAAUGGGUUUUAUCCUCAUAUGGAGCCAAGUUUAAAUCAAAGUCUUUCUGAAGAGGCAUUACAAUUCACUUCUCAAUUAGUUGCCUCCAUUCAAGGAGAUAGUCAGCAUACAUCUGCCACUAAUACCAGUGAAACUGGAAUUGAAUUGAAAAAUGAUAAUGGAGAUAUCAUCACUAAUAACGAUAAACCAGAGUCACCUAAUAAAAGAACAUCGACACAAGUAAUUAGAGAAGUACAAGAAGAUGGGAGCAUAAUAGAAAAGACUGUGGUAACUGUAAUUGAACAAAAUAGUGAAGAAAGAGAUGAAGAGAGAGGCGAAGAAAAAUAUGAAGAAAGAAAUGAAGAAAAAUAUGAAGAAAAAUAUGAAAAAAGUGAACCUAUCAUUACUACCACAACCACCACAUCUGCUACUGAUAAUAGUCUUAGUGACACCACUAAAACCGGAACUGAAUUAAAAAGUGACAAUGGUGAUGAUAAUGCAAUUAUUAAUGAUGAUGAUUAUUCGGAAAAAAAGAUUGAAAAAAUUGACAGUACCGCCACCGCUACUAAUAAUGAUAAUAUUAGUAAUGAUCCAGAAAAAAACAAAGUAUUGGCAGAAACCCCCACGCAUCAUCAAAGAAUUCAAUUUGAAGAAAGAGAAAAACCAGAUCGUAUUACUCCAACUGACCAAAAUGACAAUAUUACAACCGAUCCAACAAUACAAUCUUCGUCUGAUGCUGCUACUAAUAAUAAAUCCAAAGAAAUUCCUGACGUAGAUUCUCCAAAAAAGAAGCAUAUGGAUAUUGAUGAACAUAUGUUAAACCCUAAUGAAAAUUCAAUAAAGGCAUUUAAGAAAGCAACACCCAAUAAAAUUGCACCAAGGUAA